AACGUAGCCGUUAAAGAAACAAAAAUACUGGGGGGGAUUUUUUAUGACAUUUUGUGGCGUGUGGUGAAAAUUCUUAAAAGGGACCAAGAAGGAAUAAAUGAGCCCCGAGCUCCGACACCGAAGAGUUCGUGUGUGAGAGCUAGAGGGGGGAGUGCGCCGGGUGUGUGUAGGGGUGGAGGAUGGAAGUGGGGAGAGAAAACCUACAAAAUGAGAGAGUCCGCCGCUGUGGAGAAACAGAAGCGAGAGGCGCGCUGAAGGAGCCAGAUGUACCGCGAUAAUUAGCCGAGGAUAUUAAUGGGAAUAACGGGAUUAUGAGGAUUUGAAGAGAAGUCACCAGAAUCCGGUGUCGCGCAGGGCGAGGGAUUAAGUUAGGCGUCUUUACUUCUUCCCUCUGCCGUUAUGGGGAUAGACCGGCGGCGGAGAGCAUCGCUGGCUCUCACCUUGAACUUUCUCGCCUUGUUCCUGGCUGUGUCGGCUCUCACCACCAGCUACUGGUGCGAAGGGACACGGAAAGUGGUGAAGCCGUUCUGCACAGGACCGGUCACCACCAAGCAGUCCUUCUGCAUCAGGUUCAACAGCACCAACCUCAACGACACGCGGCUGGUGCAGUACAUCUGGGAGACCGGGGAGGACAAGUACGUGUUGAGGAAGUUUCACACCGGCAUUUGGUUCUCCUGCGAGCAGAACAUCAACAUGACCGGUGAGAAUUGCAGAAAUUUCCUUUAUGUUGCACCAUCAAAUGAAAGAGGUGUGCUGUGGCUGUGCAUAGUUGCAGAGUGCCUCUACAUUCUGCUGCUGGCCACCGGAGGCAUCCUUAUGUCCAUAGAAGUGUGUCACAUCGGCAACGUCAUCGACGGGCUGAAGCUCAAUGCCUUUGCCGCCAUAUUCACUGUGCUGUCAGGUCUGUUGGGGAUGGUAGCCCACAUGAUGUUCACCACAGCCUUCCAGCUGACAGUCAGUCUGGGCCCAGAGGACUGGAAACCUCAGACGUGGGACUACAGCUGGUCAUACAUUUUGGCGUGGAGCUCCUUCACGGCCUGCAUGGCAUCCUCAGUCACCACCAUCAACCGCUACACCAAAACCAUCCUGGAGUUCAAGCACAAGCGCAGGAACAUUGAGAAGAACCUGAAGAUCAAGCAGAAGCUGUUGGAGCUGGACUCUCCGGAGCAGGUGUGGGAUAUGUACAUCAGCUCUGUGCCGAGCACUGCUGAGGAACUGCUCGACCUGUCGUCAGAUGGACGCAAGCUGUCCAACACCUCCAUCUUCCUAGACCUCAAUGACCUGCCAGAUCCACAGGGAGAGGAGUACUGCUAGACGAGCAGCGUGGAGCAUUUUGGAACAUGAUUCUGUCACUGUCAUGUCCAGUGUCUUACAAGGAUGUAAAUACUUUAAGGAUAAUGAGAUCAUGAUUGAGACCUCUGGGGAUUUUAAGUGAUUAGCCAAAAUCUUCAACAUUUAGCAUUCGUAAAUCAGAACACCAAUUUGGAAGCAUAUUUCGGAUCACUUGAUAAACAAAAGUCUGACAUUUGCUUUAAUUUGAGCUCUGUUUGGUCUUCACCAUACCUGAGAACUACAACAGGAUGUUUAAUUUGCAAAUGGUUCACUGUGUUCAACAGCUACUGGCGGUUGAUGACAGCAAUGAACCCAAAACCAUAAAACCACAGCAGGAUGUUACAUAUUUUCAGUGCAAUAUCUUCAUAGUUAAGGCAGAAGAUUUAAAGAUUUUUGUUUUUUUCACACAUCCUUAAAAAAUCCAGUUUUAGGUUUUUAUUCAUGCGUUGUUAACAAGGUCACAACGACAAGUAUUGUUACUAGCAGGAAGACUAUUUAAGUAAAAAAAACAAACUUGCAUUUUCAGAUCAUCACAUCAUCUUUUGUUAGCAAACAGUUUAGCCCUUCACAAAAAGCAGGGAAGCAAUUUACUAGACACUUAUUCUGUAUAUUUGUGUAGUGAUAAAACAACAAAAAAUCUGAAAAAGAAGCUUUUCAACAUUUAAAUUAUGGUCAAACCUGAUCUGCUGUGGCACAGCAUAUCAACAAAUAUAGUGUCAAUAUACCGUAAAUAUACCAUUGAAGCUAAUUAUACUACUGUAAAUUUCAAAAUGAAGGUUUGCCGUCUCCUCAGCAAUGAUCUCAUUGAUCACAGUGGUUGUUUAUUACCUCAGAUCUCAUGAAAUAUACAUGGAAAUUUGAUUUGGAAUCUCAUCCUGGUUGUGAUAAAAUUCAGAACAUGAUACAUAAAAGCCUCUACAGGGACCAGUUGGUUCAGGCCAACUGUUUAAAGCUAAUCAAGCCCCCUAUAGCCUACAUAGCUGUCCUAUUAAAACUGGGUUAUAGCCUUAUCCACAUUUCUGAGACCAAAACAUAUACAAAACAUAACUAGGAUACUUCUGCCUACACCGAUGCUCAAGUAGUGCAUGUAGCUCCUUCCACUCUUCAAUCGUUCUUAUUUUCCAUUUAGAAGUCACCCCAUGGUGGCCAUUAGUAUAAAUGAGAACAGGUGAAGCUGAGGAACCUAACAAAAGCCAAGAGAAAAGCUCCAUAGAAAGGACAGUGAUCUGAUUGCUUCUCCAACAUCUACAAUUAGCUCAGUGAGGAGUAAAGAGUAUUGGGUUGCUGAAUUUUGAAGUUUAACUAUUGAUGAAGGUGUACAAAGUUGCUAAAGCUGCGUGUGUCCAUGACUCACUCAGCUGUAAAUACACAUUGCUGGACUGACCGUAUCCAUAUAUUGAUACACUGCCUCACACCAAAUCAAACAUGUAAACCAAAUGGGAUUUAGUGGCGUCAAACACACUGCAUUAGGUCUUUAGAACCGAGAAGUACGACCACGAUCGAUGGACUGUAGCAGCAUUGCUCCGUCUAACACAUGGAAACAAAAGAUGAUUCUAAGGUGUAUAGCAAGAAGGUUCUGGGGGUGGAGGAUGCCUGCAGGCCACGCUGAGUGCCUUUACUUCCAGCAGCAUGCCUCCGCUCACGCAGCAUGCUCUGUACUCAUAACAUAUGAAUAAGGGCAGUGCUGUUUCUCUGAAAAAGUAACUGCUUUAGAGGAAACAUGUAGCUGUCUGUGCAAACUGCCAAAACCCAUCAGCGAGAGAACCGCGCGUCUUUUCAAGCUUUCUGUGUUAAUAUUUACUUGAUGAUGGGGGUAUUUUUCUUGUAUUGACACACUGGGAUUGUUGCUACUUACAGUCAUUUAAGUGCAUUUCAGAGUAUAUCUUUGUGUACCUUCUUUAUUUGUUCAGUUUAAAGUGAAAUGUAAUGUAGAUGACCUGACAGCUUAUUCUUCUUGAGUUUAAAUUAUCUUUGACUUUCCUGGGUUGCAGUAUACGCUGAAGCAUGGAUUGUUGUGUCUUUACAAGUAUGUCAUGACUUAUUUACAGUGGCAUUUUUGGUGUAGUGUUCAUUAGUUGCUUUUUGUGGAUAAUUGUUUUAAGCUUAAUAUGUUAAUAUGAAUAAUACGUUCUUAUGAAAAGAUUUAAUUUGAAGGCAAUCAAGAAGCAUAUGUCAUAAUAAAGAAGUUGUUUUUAUCAUAUUUUCUGCUGGGCUUUAACCCCACAGUUCCUUGCUUUCACCACAAGAUGGCAGUGUUGCCUAACUUUGAAAUUAGAAGAAAUUGGUGAGCCAACACUGCCCCCAUACACACGCACACAAAGAUGUUUUUUAAUCAACAGAUUGAACUCAGUCACCCUUGUAGUCCAACUCAGUAACCACACUCGUGAGUGUUCAGACAUUAAAGUAUUGUUUCACUUUAUUACAGAUACCACCAGACUUUUUGAAUCUUACCACCGAGGCAAUCUGCAGCCCUUACAUUUGCAAAGCAAUUGCACUAAUGCCAUUCCAUAGAAAUUCAAUCAUUUGUCAUUCGAGCUCAGUAAGAGCUUAUAGCAACAGAAAACAAUGAGCAAGAAGAGCUGUGGGAAAGAAAUCUUUGCUGAAAAAUAGGUGUGUUUUUUAUGCUUUCAUACCAGUGCAAAUACAUGCAAACUGAAAACUGACAACCCUGUAAGCAGAAGCGGAAAAACUUCAUACAUCAAACUCCACUGAAAUGGCUCAUCGAUGGGUCGAACCUCCGUGCAUUCAUUUAACUUGUCAUGUUUCUGUUGUCCUCCAGUGGUUCCCUUUACUUUGUUCAAGGUGCAGCACAGGAGGCUGGUUUUGCAGCGGGAUACGAACUUAAAUCCUUCACAUAAAUGUGCCAAGCAGCAAGCGAUCCACACCGCUUCCCCUACAUCCAUUUAUCCGCAUUCAUUAUUCAAGAAUACAAAACCACUCAGUCAAAUCUGAGCUCAUACAAAGAUUCUCUUGCUCACCCUUCUGCUGCUCGCCGCAUAAAAGAUUCAUCCCACUUUAUUUCAGAAACAAUGCUUGGAGGAUGGUGCUCAACAUGUAGGCACUGAUUGCUCUUAAAUUCUUAACCAGCAAGAUUAGAAAACAAACAGGUCAAAAGAGAAAGUUAUGGAAAUUGAGGAUGGUGAAAAUGCGCCAGAUCUUGAGUUCCUUGUACAGUCUACUGAGCACCGGGAUUAAACUGCAGACACUAAAAGCUACAGUGUUUCACUGUUCUACAAUUAUACAGCCACAACUUACAGCAAGCACAUUCUCAUGACCACCUUUGCACAUAAA